GGUUGGAGCGGCGCGGGGGCGCGCGCCGGCCUGACGGACGGACGGACGGACGGACAGACGGACACAGCAACCGAGGCGAGCGCGCAGCUCGGACCCGCCCGGACGCAGCGCUCGCCCUGCGGCCGCGGCGAUCACCGGCGCUGGUCUGGCGGCCGCGGCGCCCGCCCGCGCCCGCGCCCCAUGGGGUCACAGAGUCCGUAGAGGAGGCCGCACCAGCACUUCCAAAUGAACAACCGAAAGGAAGACAUGGAAAUCGCGUCCCACUACCGGCACCUGCUCCGGGAGCUCAACGAGCAGAGGCAGCACGGUGUCCUGUGCGACGUGUGCGUGGUGGUCGAGGGCAAGGUCUUCAGGGCCCACAAGAACGUCCUGCUGGGCAGCAGCCGCUACUUCAAAACACUGUACUGCCAGGUGCAGAAGACGUCCGAGCAGGCCACCGUCACGCACCUGGACAUCGUCACAGCCCAGGGCUUCAAGGCCAUCAUCGACUUCAUGUACUCCGCCCACCUGGCCCUCACCAGCCGCAACGUCAUCGAGGUGAUGUCCGCCGCCAGCUUCCUGCAGAUGACGGACAUCGUGCAGGCGUGCCACGACUUCAUCAAGGCCGCGCUGGACAUCAGCAUCAAGCCGGACGCCUCAGACGAGCUCUCGGAGCUCGAGAUCGGCACCCAGUCUGGCAGCAGUGCGGACGCGCUGAUCUCAGCCGUGAUGGCCGGGAGGAGCAUUUCCCCGUGGUUGGCUCGGCGCACGAGCCCCGCCAAUUCUUCUGGAGACUCGGCCAUCGCCAGCUGCCAUGAAGGCGGAAGCAGCUAUGGGAAGGAGGACCAGGAGCCCAAGGCCGAUGGCCCCGACGACCUGUCCUUGCAGCCGCUGUGGUCUGGCGACGUGGGCUACGGGCCUCUGCGGAUCAAGGAGGAGCAGGUCUCACCAUCUCACUAUGGGGGCGGUGAGCUGCCCUCCUCCAGGGAUGCUGCCGUCCAGAACUCGUUCUCAGAGCAGGUCGGGGCGGACGGCUGGCAGCCCACAGGCCGAAGAAAGAAUCGGAAAAACAAAGAGACAGUUCGGCACAUCACGCAGCAGGUGGAGGCCGACAGCCGGGCUGGCUCCCCAGUGCCGUCUUUCCUCCCGACAUCCGGGUGGCCGUUCAGCAGCCGCGACUCAAGCGCCGACCUGACCGUCGCCGAAGCCAGCAGCUCGGACAGCCGCGGGGAGAGGCCGGAGCUCUACGCGCACGUGGACGAGGGUCUUCUGGGCGGAGAAGCCGGCUACCUGGGCCCACCUCUCACCCCAGAGAAGGAGGACGCGCUGCACCAGGCCACCGCCGUGGCCAACCUGCGGGCAGCGCUCAUGAGUAAGAACAGCUUGCUGUCCCUCAAGGCCGACGCGCUGGGGGAGGACGGCUCCCUGCUACUGGAGUACCUGCCCAAGGGCGCCCACUCCCUGUCCCUCAACGAGUUUGCGGUGAUCAGGAAGAAGUUCAAGUGCCCGUACUGCAGCUUCUCGGCCAUGCACCAGUGCAUCCUCAAGAGGCACAUGCGCUCCCACACCGGCGAGCGGCCCUACCCCUGCGAGAUCUGCGGGAAGAAGUUCACCAGGCGCGAGCACAUGAAGCGGCACACGCUGGUCCACAGCAAGGACAAGAAGUACGUGUGUAAACUGUGCAGCCGCGUGUUCAUGUCGGCCGCCAGCGUGGGCAUCAAGCAUGGCUCGCGGCGCCACGGUGUGUGCGCAGACUGCGCGGGUCGCAGCGGGGCCGGGCCCCUGGACGGCAGGGGCGCCGAGGGCUCCCCUGAGCUGUUCGCUGGCGAUGGGCCGUACCUGGAGGACCCCGAGGACCCGCGCGGCGAGGGUGAGGAGGAGCUGGGCGAGGAUGAGGACGACGUGGGCCUGGCCCACGAGGACGCGCUGUUGGGGGACGACAAGGAGGACGAGGACUCGCCACGGGGGCCCCACAGCCCUGCGGGGGGCGGCGACAAGGACUUCACCUGGAUCUCCUAGGCUGGGGCUGGGGCCUCCUGUCUGCCUCCGCCGCUGGCGUGUGUGCCCCACCCCCGACGUGCGCAGACGCCAGCCCGUGGGUUCAGAAGUGAGUGGGGCUCCAGCAGAGCGCGGAGCUGGGGCGUGGGGGCAGCCAGGGAGCUGUGUGGUCUCCACAGCAGGUGGGAGUGGUGGGCAAUGGGGGAGCCCAUGGUCUGGGCUCCGGUGCACUGUGGCCUGAGGCCAGGAAAGGGUGGACACCGCUGGGCUCCCAGGUGCGUCCCCGGGGGCCCAGGUCCAGGAGCUGCAGACCUGGCACCGUGUCCACCCUCCCCCUUCUUCCCCUCCGCCUCUGCAGCCUGGUCACUGCCUGCGGCCGCUGCACCCCAGGCCACUGGCUCUGCGGCCACCCUGCAGGGUCCGGGUCCAGGUCCCGUGUCCGGAAAGCCCCGCGGCCCCCCUGCCUCCGGGCUCUGGUGCUGAACGCGGGGCAGCUGCUGACCGCGGGCCGGGCUCCCAGGUGCUAUCUUCCGCGGGGCGGCGGCGGGGCCGGGUGCUCCCGCUGCAGGGCCUGCUCCACGUUCUGCGUGCACUUCUCAGGGCCCGGGCCGUCUGCCGCCCAGGCCCGUCCUGCUGACCCUCCCGGCGGGCUUGCCUUCGUUGCUGCUAACACUGGAGGGUGUCCCGCUGCCGCGCCCCUCCCCGCGUGGGUAACCAGACUGCCUAAGUCCUAAGGUAGCAGGUAAUCGCGUGAAAUGGUUCUGUUCAGCAUCAUCCUUCUCACCUGACGAAGCCUGCGGGCUGUCUUUCCUUUGGCGUUUCCAGGUCUUGCUCGCGACCUGUCUGCGCUCUUUUCUGAGCUGCCAAGGCCCUGCGUUGUGCUGUGAGGACGUCUCCCUCCCAGGUUGCAGGGCCCAGACCCGUCUGUCUUCCUUCCCGCGGGUCCUGACCAGGCCCACGACACAGACAUUCCGUGCCUCCCAGCUCGCUCCUCCUGUUGUGGGCCGUCUGUCUGUCAGUGCAGGACCGCUUGGGUGCUGAGCUGGGGCGCCACAGGCGGCGCUGGGCUUUUCCACUCGUUUCCCACAGCCGUCAGCCCCGCGGUUUUCCAGGCGGAGAAAGGAAAACCCCGCAGACCGUCUGGGGCCAGUGGUGGCGACUGGAGCACAGCCUCCGGCCUGCUGGGGUUGGGGGGCGGCUGGCCAAGGGUGCUGACCUGAAGUCUUGCCCAGGGGAGAAGUCACAGCUUUGUUUUUGUUUUAGAUACCAUCCGUAGAAGAGGGCUGCGCUCCACCCCCCUCAGCUGGGGAAGCUGUGAGCUCAAGGCUGGCGCGGGGGCUGGGGGAGGGGGGGGUCCGGUGCUGGGGGCUCCGGUCCCCUUCUGCCUUUCACAGCGAGGCCUGGCUGAGCCUGUCAGCAGGGCGCUCACCCGUGUCCCUUUCCCCAACUUUCUAACCCUUUUAUAAACAGACUUCCUUUCUUAUAAAACGCAUUUGGAAACCAGACCUUUGCUACAAAGUGUCUCUGGGUUUGGUCCCGGGCCCACCUCUCAGGCCGUCCUGCCCACGACCCGGGCCACCUCUGCCCUGCACUCAGGACUCCCGCUCUCCGCCCUGCUCGCUACCCGCGCGGGACCACCCUUGCUGCCCUGUCCCCUUUCCGGGGUGUCGCCGUCAGUGCCACCAGGGCAUUUUCUUCCCUGAAACAGUACUUUCCAGGAAGACUGAGGGUCCCACUUCCUGCCCCCGAGCCCCCAGUGUUGUUUAUUCUCGUGUGCGGUAAACUCAGUGCUGAAUUUCAGAGAUGAGACGAACACAUAGCCUCUCAGGAGGCAUGGAGGGAAAAGACGUGUAAUGGUUUUUUUUACGUGAUUUUUUUCCCCCAAAAUCAAUGUUUAAACUAAUAAAUAUUUUUUUAUGAAGAGGAAAAAGACGUGCAGAUUACAUUUCACAUUUUGUACUUUUUCGUUUGUGUGUGUCUGUACUUGGCAUUGGCAACGCCGUGGAACACAGUCCGUCAGGUGGCAGGGUCUUUGCGGGUGGGGUGGGGGGCCGGGAAACCAAGACUUCUGUAUCAAACUCCGGAUCCUGACCAGGCUGUAGGUUUGGACUCUGGUCUGGGGGACAGUCACAACACUGCCAGGACUCGAUAGGGACCUCUGCUCAAGACACAGCUACUGCUUCCAACUUUGCACAUCUUCCUUUUAAAAAGAAAACCCUGAGAAAAUGCAAAAACUGGAACUUUUUGCAAUAUUAUGAAAGAUAAUAUUAUUUUCGCUUAUUCUGUGACAUGUGCAACUCUUAAGAAAGCCAUACUUAAUGGUGUUUCUGUUUUUUAGACCCUAUGUUGUGUUUUCGUGUGCGGCCCUUUUUAGAACUACUUGUAGUGAGGGCGCUGUGUGCUUCUCUUAAAUAUUUAUUUUUUCAACAUGCUUUCAACCUGUCAACAAAGACAAAACAGACAAAAAACAGGCAGUGUUUGAAGACUGUUGACUUUUUUUCUGGGGAUAAUCUAUAUUAUACCGACUUUUAUUAAUUAUUACAAACCUGUGUUUGUGCUGGAGACGUGUUUAUUACUUGGGGGAGUUUUUCGUAAUCAGUCGAUGGGAUAUCACAGCUCUGUUGUCUGCUCCCUGUGCCGCUGACAGGUAAACAGUACUUCGCCUAGUGGUCUUGAGAUUUCUUGUCUGCCUGGGCGCACUCUGGGCCUUUCUGUGACGGGAUUAGCUAGACAUUCUUGCAAAGCGAUCACUUUCAAUAAAUUGGGAAAUUGC